AUGGGGGAAUGGGAGGAGAAGAAAAACUUGGAGGAAAGGAGGGGUGGGCUGGGUUUGGGGGAUGAAAAAUACAUAAAGGGGAGGUGGGGGGAAGGGUCUAUGGGGGUGGGGGAAUUGGUCCAAGAGUGGAGGAUGGUGGUCAUGGGGGAAUAUGAGGAGGAAGAGAGGAGAUGGAAGGGGAAGGAGGACUGGGUUCUUUGGGUAAGGGGGAGGGAGGGGUUGGCUCUAGAUGAAAUGUUGAGGAUUUAA